AUGUGGCUAGUAUCUCGAUGGACACGCCGUGAUGACAAUAUUAAAACUGAAGAAAGAAAGUGUUGUCCACCGUUUUUGAAGCCAUUCUCGGACGAAAGGUUUAGCUGCAGCCCUGCGUUCGACAAUUCUUUCAGCGGGUAUGUGGCCAACAGGGCGCAUGACCGCAUACCGUUGAACGAUAUUCCGUUUAUGCCAACGAAUUGUUCGGAUAUAAAACGCCGAAGAUUCUUCUCUCCAACUCCACUUUCAGAGGCGGAGAGGCGUUUUCCAAUUGCAUUUGUGAGGCUGGUCUACAAGGUAAGAAGUGACGAAAAUUCUAUUUUUACGCCAAAGUGUUUUAUUUCGAUAUUGAGGCGCAUAUUUUCCUGAUCUCCGAACCUGUUUAACAGCUACUUUCAGGACUACUUCCUCCAGGAAAUGAUGUUAUCCGUGCAAUACCAACCUCAGAACACUUACUGCUAUUCAAUUGACUAUAAAGCUGGCAUGCAAUUCCGCGACCGCAUGCUGCAAAUGGCCUCAUGUUUCCCAAACGUUCUUGUGUCCGCAAAACAGCGGAUUGUGACAAGUUUCGGCCAUCAAAUGUAUGCAGCACAGCUGGAUUGUCUGGAGCUGAUAAAAGAUUUCGAGUGGAAGUACGUGCAGUUACUGCAGGUAUGGAAACUGAGAGGUUAAAUUUAAUUCAGCCCUUUGGCAAUAGAACGAUGACAUUCCGUUGAAAACAAAUUUGGAGAUGAUAAAAGUGUUGAAACUUUUAAACGGCGCCAACGAUGUGGCGACAAGGAACUUUCCAUUCAGCCGGCUUCCAAAUGCUUCAAAAUGGACGUUACAGAACAUGAACGUGUUCAAAGAUCGUAAGCUCAAUAUAAAGUUAGAAUACCACAAGAUUCAGCUGCUAGAAACGUUGAGACGUUAACUGGUACUUCACCGACAUUCAACUUUAGUAAAAGCGUGGUUCAAGUCAGCUUGACCAAAGAGUUCGUCGAAUUUCUAAUCGAUGAGGUAAAUAUCCGCGAGCUAGCCCAGAAAAUUGAAGAUGAGAGUUAUUAUGGGUUCGAUGAGGUGCUAUAUUCAAGCUUAAAUUCUAUGGAUGCUGUGAAUGUCCCUGGCGGAUUCACGACGAAGUGCUUGGAAGAGGGCAUUGAAACUGGAGGUGUGACACGGUGAGUAUGCAGCUCAACUAACAGUGACUUCUUUUGCACCGUUAUCAGUCUGUCGAGAACUUUCCCGGCAGACUGUCACUAUCUCCUACUGAUAAUAACACGGCUCUUUUGAGAUUAGAUUCUUUAGAUUCUCCCUGUGGAACAAAACUGGCUGUCAGAAUAUCCGCCAUAGCAUGUGCAUGUUAGAGGUGGACCAUUUGAGCUGGCUAAUAGACUUGCCACAUUUGUAUGCAAACAAAUUUGUCCAGGGAUAUGAUAUUCGUCCUCCCGUCUGCUUAUUGGAGCUUCUUUAUAAUCGAACGUUUCUUGAGAAGUACCGAUAUCGAUUAGACACAAAUUACUACCAGAACCUCCCACAUGUCAGAUAUCAAAGGAUGAAGAACAUACGAGGCGCAGAUGUAAAAGAGUUGUGUGCCGGAGGUCAAAAUCUCUAG